AUGUGGACAUGCCCUAAACUUCCUGGGUACUUCAAAGCUUCUGGCCUUCUCUGCUACACUUCUAUGCCCUCUGUAUUCUCUUCCAACACCUGGAACAUGCUCAGAUCUGGAAAUACUGGUGUUAGCUCUGAACUUGGUCAUUUUUGGCCAUAUCAACAAACUCCCUGUUCUCUGGCUAUUCUGAGCCCAGAAGAAAACACAUCAUUGGCUUUCUGCCAGUUAAAUCCUAUGGAUUUCUAUGCCACCUCUUCCUUAAAUUAUGAUCUUUUACACUGGGAUCAAGGAAGUUUUGGCAACUACCUUGAUUCCAGUGAGGUUGAUUACAACCCUAGCCCUUGGGCACCCUCUAUAGUGAUUGAUCUCAAUCCGAGCCCUUUGGCAGCCAACCAUUUGGUUGAGCCUCUUCCAUUCAACAUGGCAUACAUCAGGAGUAUCACCCUUACACUGGAAUGCACAAAGCUCAUGGUCAGAAACUUUGAUUUUGAAAAAUGA